UUUAUUUUGAAAUGACUAAGCACUGACGCGACACCCGGAAGUUUUUGCCUCAUCACCUGUCAGUGCCCAGUCUCUUUGUUAUUCUACGACAAACAGGUCUGCUUUCUUCAGAAAUACAUGAAGACACGGUGUGGUCAGCAGUGGCAGAUCUGAGGGCAGCAUCCAACACGGUUUUGGAUCUGCCAGAUUGAAGGCCUGCGCAGGCAUGGAGCCUCUGGCUGUGGAUGAUGACAUAUGCAUCCUCAAACAUGAGACGGCCUACACUGCCACCGGAGAGAGCCCUGUGUCUGCCUGUGCAGGCGACGAAUCUGUCGCUUCACACUUUGCUCUUGUCACGGCCUACGAGGACAUCAAGAAGAGGCUGAGAGACACAGAGAGAGAAAACACUUUGCUGAGGAAGAGAGUGAAGCAGCUUGAAGAUAAGCUUUUCCGGCCUGAUGCACCACCGUCAGAAGGUCCUCAGUACGUAAACAAAGCCUUCAGUGCUUAUCGAGGCAUCUAUAUCGAGAAGGAGGAUCUGCAGAUUGAGCUCAAUAAACUGAAAAAGGAGAAGAGUGAGAGUGAGAGGUUGCUGACUGAACAACUUCAAGCCAAAGAGAUGGAGCUGCUGCAGCUGAGGACAGAGAUGGAGACCAGCCAAGUGAUGAAGAGCUUGAACAGCCCCCAGGAUUACUGGCAGGUGGACCGAGUCAGCAAUGAGCUGAAGAUCAACAAACUUCAAGAGGAGCUGGAGAGGUUGACGCUGCAAAACUGCCGACAGCUAGAGAGAGAGGAUGAACUGCAUGGCCUCAACGGACCAGACUUGGACCACAGCUGCGACCCCACGUUUAACAGGGAGAGAAGCAUCUUGCACUCGUACGAGUCCUUGUGUUCUGAAGUCACUCGUCUCCAUGCGGAGAUGAAGCAACAGAAAGGCCUGAUUCAGAAACUCAGGCCUCUGACCACGGAGAUGAGACAAGCUGCUUCUUCUGUCCCGGUCCAGUGUCUGGACGACGUGGAAAAGAACAACCUCCACCCAUUUCCUCGGGUAACAGCCCCACGACCUCCGUGCUCCCCUUCCUUGCCCUCGUGCGUGGGUCGGCCCGCCAUGACAGGUGCCACUGUGCUGCCUGACAGUUUGAAAGAGGACUGCUGGUACAACGGACCCUGGCCCACGUACCACGACGGGCUAGUCGGGGGCGACCCCUGUUCCGUCGUGCUGCCGCCCCCACCCCUCAACCAAGCCUCGCUGGACGACAGCUCGCGCUCCUUCCCCAGCCCCCCCAAACCCAGUGACGCUAUGUUUUGGGAGUCGUCCAACUCCUCAUCCUCAGUGGGAAACUGUGUUCCGAGGAGCCCCCCUAACACAGAGUGGGCCAAACCCUACUGAACUUGUAGCGGACUCUUUUCUGUCAAGAGGCGGACCCGCCUCAUUGCUACCACCUAACUUGCCUUAAGUUGACGAAGACCACUCUUUCCGGACCAGAUCUAUCGAUUCGGGAAACCAUGCCAGGCCUAAAGAGACCUAUUUGCCUUGAAGGUAAAGACUUGGGUGAACAUACCUGCAACAGGCUUGUUUUAGAAUCGAUUGUUUAACAUGUGUUUGUGAGAAGGCAAGGUGUUCCUUUUAGCACAUGCUAGCGCACGCCACUGGCUGUUGUCGCGAGUGCGGGUCAGUUGUGCACCUGGAGCUGGAUGGAGUGGGGUUCAGAGGUCACUUUCAUCCUCCACAGCCACAUUUAGAUGCAGCAGAGUCAUCAGCCACCUACACAACUGCUGUAAAUGAUACAUGUGUACUUGAGUUUCUUCAGGAGAUGGUCAUCUCAGUAUAACAUUUAUGUCUCUUUACAUUUUAUAUAGUAAUUUAGCACAGUACUGACGCGGAUGACGUCAUGAAACAUUUUUGUAAAAGGUUUUAUGUCAUGAAGUCAUUUUAUUUUAGAUGCGAGCAGCAUUUGCUGAGACUGUGGCUGGAAGCGAUGCUGGACACCAUCCUGGUCGUCCCCUCAUCUACUGACCUGUUGGGACUGUCUGCUCUGUUUUAAAGAGUUUUGUUUUUCAGCAAGGGUUGCUGAAAUGCAGUACGAGGAACUUCUGUCGUUCAUUUCUCAAGCUUGAAUCUAAUCCGUGUGGUGUAAAUGAAACAUGCCGUCAGUCCAAUCAUACGACUAGCUUCAGCUACCUGCCUAAUGCAGUUUUGAUCUCCAAAGUGGCGCUUCGGAAACGUGACAGCUGUCUACAAAUGAGUCGGGAAGACGCCUCGAGUGUCCGCUGUGAUUCAAGAUGCAGAUGCCUACAGACCUCUUCGGUCUGUUCCACAAGUUCUGUUCAGCAGCAGUAAUCACUUCUGUGAACCAUUUGCAAACCAAAAUGCAAUGUACAGUAGAUACGGAUUAUAUUUUAGAUUUACUGCACUGCGGACUGUUUGUAAAUACGGCCAAUUAAAUACACCAGAAGAACUCUGAUUUCCUCUUCAAGCCUUGAGUGUCAAUUCAAGGCGGUUUAUCUCACCAUGGUUUUGUGAUCUCACUGUAUUCAAACCUUAGAAUUGCUACCUGCUCCACAGCUGGAAUCAUCUUGAGACACUUUGUCCAGACAUAAGGCAACAGAGGGAAGCAAUCGGAGUUCUGUUUCAACACAUUCACAAAGAUAACAGGAGGCGGAGUGUAAGGUCAUUUUCAGUAUAUUUGCAUCUCACACUGCACAGCAAGUGAAUAUUUAUAUACAACGUCUGGUCCGGAACAUCAGCCUGCUUGGCAGCCGGACUUUUCUGAUACCCUUAAUAGAACCAAGUGCUUCAUGAUCAUAGUCGUGAGACGGGACGUAUUUGCAAAAGCAUCAUUUUACUGAACAUGUAUAAGACCAUGUAAAGCCUCCACAGGUUCUCCCUGCCCAAAGCUCUCAACUCCUCUGGGUGUUACAUGCUGGUGGGCAGCUUCUGUUUCCUGUUCUUGGAUGGAACUCCCGUCCUCUCGAACUCCAUCUUCUCCUGGAUGUAUUCCUGCUUGCACUGCUCAAAGAACACGGGAUCCUUGUAGCUGGAGAUUUAAGAAAAAAAUGCAAUAAUUUUAGCCUCAUUUUCUGUUUUAUAAAAGACAGCCAAGUACUCACUACUGUGUCAAGCACGCCUUCAGAGCCGAGUUCUCCUCCCGACACUUGAACACCAUGAAGAACCCCGACUCUUUACAGCAGGCGUUAAAGGCUGAAGAUUUCAGACAAGAGUCACGUGAUGCUUGUUGCGUUAACAUUGUUAUGCGACUGCAUGUGUUUUACCCGCUGCUCAUGUCCUCAUUUGCCUCACACACGCACCUUUUAUUAGUAGUAUCUGUGCUAACCUUUCGUCUCACUCCAUGCUUGGUAGUGCAUGUUGGACAGUGUGAUUCCUCUGUACGUAUAAUUUCUCCAUAUACAGUGGAGGUCAUUGGUUUUGUUCUGCCUGUAAUGCAAGUGUUGUCUCCACUCAUACAAGGUUAGUAUUGUGUCUCUAUUUCCACCUGAAAUUUUCGGUAAUUAAUUAUGGAAAAAAAGGAUUCUGCUUCACUGACAUUCUAUGUGACAGACCCUUCACGUAAACAGGGUGUGGAAGACUUCCAGUCUUCACCUUCUUAGCGAGCCCUUACUGCGGGAUCAACUCAUUAGCACUGCUCUCCCACUUCCAACCGACGUCGUAAUUAGCUGUGCGUUUUGAUCCGGAUGCAGAUCAAACAAUGUCACUUGCAGGAAAAACCAAUUUGAAAGAGCAGAACAGUGCGACUAAUUUAAUCAACAAGCACCUGUCCCCCGAGGGCCAGUCAGACGCUACAAAGGCAGACUCGCUUUUACCAUCACAGAAAGGUCAUGUCUGUUUACUCGUGAGGAAAUACAUGAAGAAUAUGUGUGUAAUAUGUGUGAUUCACUGACAGGCAUUAUGAAUAACUGCGUCUAUCAUGUUUAAAAAAAAAAGUGCAGUUGUCCAGUUACGUAUUUAAGCAUCUAUUUCCCGCUCUAAUAUGGGAAAAUAGAUGUUUAAAUUACAAAUAAAAACAUCCCAAAUUAUAUAACUAUUUAUAACCCCGGCCACUGUCUGCUUCGGGUUUGGCCCCUGAAUUCGUCAUGAAGCGAAUGCGUUAUCCGGCAUUGUAUGAAAUUGAAGCCAUAUAUUAGAGACGAGAUCAGACAACAAACCUUGUACUUUCUCAUCACAGAGCUCCUUCGCCUUCUCUCUCAUUAACUUGGGAAUGAGGACGUCAGUUUCCACGUGUCUUAAGUGCGUCUCCUCUGAAGUGAAACAGAGAAAUAUAUAUCUGUUUAACUGUUAAAUCGGCUGGUUACGUAGAUGUCAAUGCAGAGCUGUGGUGCUAGCAGGUUAGCUUCAGGAAACGAUAGCAUUGCUCCGUAAAUAAAUGAGUCGAGCAGCUCAUGCUCAGUAAAUAACCGAUAAAACGCUUUCUU